AUUUGUCGGCAACCUCAGUCUCACUAUUGGCAUCGACAAUACCUCCAUGCUUGCCCCAAAACAUGUUUCAUGAACAUAUAAGAUCCUUGCAUCACUCAAACUGCUCUACUACUGCUAAAAGGUAAUCAUUGCUUGAGUCUUCCUCAAUACUGACGCGAAGGCACGAUCACACUCAUUUGAAUAUUCCGCCUGUGCCCAUCAAUCAUCCUUAUCGCCAGUAUGGCUUCCUCCACAAACCUCGUUCCCUUUUCUGAGCCAACCUGGCUCGCCGGCUUCCCAUCUCCAUACUACAAGGGCACUCAUAAGAAAUGGCAGAAAGCAUGUCGUGCCUUUAUCGAGGAACAUCUACUCCCCUAUGCUAUGGACUGGGAGAGGGAGGAGACUGUGCCCGACCACCUGUUUCAGACCUUUGCCAAACACAACAUGCUGAUACCCAAUUUACCUGCACCUUUGCCUAUUGAGUGGUUGAAGAAAGUGGGCAUCAAUGAUAUCCUAGGCACACCUGUGGAAGAGUGGGAUUAUUUCCACACCGGGAUCUAUCUGGAUGAAAUGGCCAGAACCGGACUCGGUGGCCCCAGCGGCUCUAUGACCGCAGGCCAUGCAUUUGGGAUACCCCCCAUAAUCAAGUUCGGAAGCAAAGCGCUCCACGAAAAGCUCCUGCCUGAUCUCCUUCCUGGCAAAAAGCGCGCAUGUAUUGCAAUCACCGAACCGGGCGCCGGCAGCGAUGUUGCCAACAUUGCCACGACCGCUGUCAAGUCUGCUGACGGAAAGCACUAUAUUCUGAAUGGCGAGAAGAAGUGGAUUACAAAUGGGGUUUGGUCUGAAUAUGCUGCGAUGGCGGUGAGGACGGGCGGCCCAGGAGCCGGUGGUCUGAGCAUGAUCGUAUGCCCUUUGAAGGGUUACCCCGGGGUCAACAUGCGUCGGCUUAAAGUGGCAGGCCAAGUGAGCGCAGGCACAACCUACAUUGAGCUCGACGAUGUAAAGGUCCCGGUCGAGAAUCUGAUUGGCGAGGAGGGUAUGGGUAUGCGCUAUAUCAUGACCAACUUCAAUCACGAACGAUUGACCAUUGCGGUGUCUGUGGCCCGGCAGUCCCGCGUCGCUCUGUCAUCCGCUUUUGCCUAUGUGAUGAAGCGUGAGGCUUUUGGCAAACAGCUUAUCGAGCAACCAGUGGUACGACACCGACUGGCUAAGGCUGGCGCCGAGCUCGAAACGCUACAAGCAUGGGUCGAGCAGUUCCUAUACCACAUGACACAGUUUACGAAAGCUGAAGCAGACAUCAAACUUGGCGGCCUCACUGCACUCGCCAAAGCAAAGGCCGGAAUUGUGCUCAAUGAGUGCGCACAGACAGCGGUGCUUUUGUUCGGCGGCAACGGAUACACCCGUACAGGCCAGGGUGAGAUCGCAGAACGCAUCUAUAGGGAAGUGCCCGGUGCGAGGAUCCCUGGUGGUAGUGAGGAUGUCAUGCUUGACCUGGCGAUUCGGCAACUUGUCAAGAACUACAGGAAUGCAACCAAGGCCAUGGAACGGCCCCAGGGUAGCAGUAAGCUGUGAGGCUAAGAUGAUGGUGAUGGCUAUAGAUUUGUGUCCUUUGAAUGCAGUAAUCUCGCCCACAAUGCGGCGAAGAGCGGCUUCUAAGCCGUUGUGGGCUUC